AUGAAACAAAAGAGAGGUGGAAAAUUCGUCUUUGAAGGAAAGUUCCCCUUGAUCAAAUUCGGAAUUUUUGAAGAAAAUGAUCGGUCAGAAUCAGAAGAUCAAUCCAUCCCUACGGAGUCUGAAGACAUUGUGCAUUCAACCUCUGAACCAGAAUUUGAGGAAAUUCAUGAUUCUCCUGCAGCCACAGUGGUGGAGGAACAUGAUUAUCAUAUGGAGGAUGAAACUAUUUCUACUCAUGAGGAUGAUGAUGAUGAUAUCUAUGGUGAUGUAGAAUUUUUGAAGGAAACUGACUUCAGAGGGUUCAGUGAUGAUAUCUCGACAAACAUUGAGCUUGCUCUUAAUGAUGAAGAAUUUGGUCCUCUUCCAGGAUUCCUCAACAUCUGCCUUAAUAAAGUUAAUGAGGUUGCCUCUUCGGCAACCAAGGCUAGGGAAGAAGGAAAUGGUCUCAAAAUUAUACUAUCCACGUACAAGCCCAUGGAGGAUGCAUCAAGUCAAGGAGAUGUGAUGUCAGAGAUUCCUCCCUCUGUGUCAACUAUCUCAAUAUCUGCUCCAAUUGUUCCUGAUUCAACUCAGUCCCAUACCUCUCAGUCUUCUAUGGAAACAAGUCAAUUAAUUGCGAGUCUGGAGGUGCCCAUUGUGGGCAAUAAACAUCAAGUUUUCUCCACUGUCACUGCUACUACUACUUACUCUCCAGUACAAACUGAUGAAGGCCCGAGUACUAUGUUUGAGACAGGUGGCUCAUCAUCCAUUCCAGAAUAUUCUCCCACCAGACCGUCAUUAGAUGAAGCUUCAAUAAGACUGGCUAAACACCUGGCCCAACAAAUCCCAACCUAUUCUCGUGGCAAAGGAAUAUCAUUUAGAGAGGAGCACACAGGUGAUGAUAAAUCUUCUUCGUCUGAUCUUCGAGAAGAAAUUGGAGUGCUUCGACAGGAACUCAUUGAGAAGACCAUUCAGAUGGAUCAACUCACUUCUUACAUUGAAGAGCUCAGAGCAAAGGAUGAGGAGAAGACAAAACAGAUUAAAGUUCUACAGACGAAUCUUGGUUCAGUGACUGCUAGCUACUUCAAUCUAAAGAAUGUUCUGUAUCACGCAUUUGGUGAAAAAGUCAAAGCCCUUUUUCAACAGCCACACAGAAUCGAUGAUCCUCCCACAGCCCCCACACAGUCUGUCUUUGAAGACUUUCAAUUCGAUCCACCUGCUCCUCGAACAACCUCUAUUGUCAAAAGAUUUGAAAAGGAGCCAGGAGGAAGCAGAGCCCAAAUAACAAUCAAACAGUGA